AUGAUGAAAAAUAAAUUAGGAAUUAAAAACUUCAAUUAUUAUGCUGCAAAUGAAUUAGAAUCAGAUGCUUAUUCUAAAUUUUAUUAAAUGGAUGAAUUUUUAUUAGAAAAAAUAUAUAUUACUGAUGAAAGAGAAUAAGUAUUUUUAAUAAAUGCUUUUGAAAACAUAAUAAAGUUAAAUCUUCCUAAUAUUGUAUAAUAUUAUGAAAUUGAUUAUAAUGAAAAAGAAAAAUGUAUUGAAGUUUUAAGGAGAUUUUAUAAAACUAAAUUGUUAGAUCAUUAAAUUAGAAACAAAUUUUUAGUUGUUACAAUAACUCAACAAUUAUUUUAAACAUUAGCUUCUCUUGAAGGAUUUGGAGUACAUUUAUUAGGAUUAAAAGCAACAAACAUUUUUUUUGAAAAUGAUAAUAUUUACAUCAGUGGAUUUGUUAGAUCUGAAAAAUUUCUACUUUCAUAACCAAUAUUCUAAUCUAAACAUUUAAAGAGUUUUAUAUAAGAAUGCAUUACAACUAAGAAAUAUAAUAUUACCUAAAGAUAUCAAAGAAAAUCUCAUGCUAUGAUUUAUGCUGCAUUAACUGUAUUAUUACAAUUCAUUUUAAAUGAAGAUUUUGAAUAAAUAGCCAAUAUUAUUAGAUGGUUAGAUAAUGGGGAAGAUAAUCUAAAAGCUGUUCCAAGUACAUAAAAAUUACUUGCAAUUAUUGAAGAAAAAUAUGAUUGCAUGAGAAUUUUCAUUGAAUAAGCAAAAUGUCUUUUGACUAAUGAAUUUCUAAAUCCAACAGAAGAUUUAGCCAUUUAAAUGAUGCUUUUAGCCUCUGAACUUAGAUUUGAGAAUAAUAUUAUAGUGUUAGGAGAAUACUAUAACUUAAAUUAAAAGACAGAAAUUAAAUAACAAUAAUAAUUACAAAAAGAUACUAAAAUUUAACAACCCAAAGAGCUUAAUGUAUAAAUUGAAUAAAAUAAAUAAAAAGUAAAAUCUGCUUAAGCUAAAAGAUGUGGUGGAGGAUUUGUAGUUAAAUAAAAAAAAUGA